AUGGCUUCAAAAUCAUUGCCCGCCCGUGGCGGCCCCGAUACUAAGGCCGUCGCUACCGGCCCUCCCAACCAGACGCUCUACUGCACACAAUUGCCCGACAAGAGGAUUCCGAAACAUGAUCUGCGAACGGCACUUUAUGCUCUAUUCUCCACAUACGGCACCGUUCUCGACAUUGUGGUCAUGAAGACCAACAAAAUGCGAGGCCAGGCCCAUGUUGUUUUCAAGGAUGUCCAAGCCAGCACGCAGGCACUGCGGGCUUUACAAGGAUUCGACUUCUUCGGGAAACAGAUGAAAAUCGUUUACGCCAAAGGAUCAUCAAAUGUCAUUUCCAAACUUCGCGGUACAUAUGUUGCGCCAGUUGAGACUGCGCCAGCCCCAGUCACAACCGACCUCCAAAAGUCUAUCUUCGGUGCUCCUCCGGGUGCCCUCCCUGCACGCCCCACAACCGGUGCCAAUGGAGAAGGCCAAGGCUUGAAGCGACCGCGUGAAGAAGAAAGUGACAACGAAGAGGCCCCCAUGGACGAAGAUAGCGACGUACCAAUGGAAGCUUCCUCAGACGAGGAGUAA